UCUACGUCACUGUGUGCGUGCGCGCCGAGCUUUCAAAAUGCAGCGGGAGUUAGUGAGUUUCCCGCUGUCUCCUGCGGUGCGCGUGAAGCUGGUUGCUGCCGGUUUCCAGACUGCCGAGGACAUCCUGGAGGUGAAGCCCUCUGAGCUCAGCAAAGAAGUUGGGAUAUCUAAAGAGGAAGCCUUAGAAACUCUACAAAUCAUAAGAAGAGAGUGUGUCACAGAUAAACCCAGAUGUGCUGGUACAUCUGUGGCAGGCAAGAAGUACACAGCACUGGACCUUCUCAAGCAGGAGCACACCCAGGGCUUCAUCAUCACCUUCUGCUCAGCGCUAGAUAGCAUUCUUGGGGGUGGAAUACCCCUAAUGAAAACAACAGAAGUUUGUGGAGUACCAGGUGUCGGAAAAACACAGUUAUGUAUGCAAUUGGCAGUAGAUGUGCAGAUUCCAGAAUGUUUUGGAGGAGUGGCAGGUGAAGCAGUAUUUAUUGAUACAGAGGGAAGUUUUAUGGUUGAUAGAGUGGUAACCCUUGCAAAUGCCUGCAUUCAGCACCUUCAUCUUAUAGCAGGGACACACAUGGAUGAAGAGCACCAGAAAGCCUUGGAGGAUUUUACUCUUGAAAAUAUUCUUUCUCAUAUUUAUUAUUUCCGUUGUCAUGAUUACACUGAGUUGCUGGCACAAGUCUAUCUCCUUCCAGAUUUCCUUUCAAAUCAUUCAAAGGUGCAGUUAGUAAUAAUAGAUGGCAUUGCUCUUCCUUUUCGACAUGACCUUGAUGAUCUGUCCCUUCGUACUCGAUUACUAAAUGGCCUAGCCCAACAAAUGAUCAGCCUGGCAAAUAAUCACAGAUUAGCUGUUAUUUUAACUAAUCAGAUGACAACAAAGAUUGAUAAAAAUCAAGCAUUACUUGUUCCUGCCUUAGGGGAAAGCUGGGGCCAUGCUGCUACAAUAAGACUUAUUUUUCACUGGGAACAAAAGCAAAGGUUUGCAACAUUGUACAAGUCACCAAGCCAGAAGGAGUCCACAAUACCGUUUCAGAUCACACCUCAGGGAUUUAGAGAUGCUGCUGUCUCUGCUGCUUCACAGACAGGAGGUUCUUCAGAUCUCCGGAAACGGUCACGAGAGCCAGAGGAAGAGUGCUGACCCAAAACUAAUGUCAGUGCAUAUAGUUAGACUCAUGAUGUGAUAAAGAUAUAAACAAGUAGUUUAUACUCUUUAAAAUAUAAACACAUACUGUGUCAUGAAUGAAUCAGAAUUAUGUGAUGUAAAUGGGAAGAUAUUUACAGAGUCUUCUCUGCAAAAAGCUCUUCCCCCUCCCCUUUUGUCUGCAUGGGUAUGCUAUGGUGUACAAAGAGGACAACUUUUUGGGGAGUCGAUUUUCUCCUUCCAGUUUCUGUUCUAAUUUAUUUUUAUGUGUAUAGGUGUUUUUCCUGUAUAUAUGUAUUUUUACUGUGUGUGUGCUGGCACCAACAAAAGCCAGAAUAUUCUGGUGGAUCCCCUGGAAUUGGGUUACAAAUGAUACUAAGGCAUCAUGAAGGUGCUGGGAACUAGAUCCCAAUCCUCUGCAAUAGCACACACCUUUAUUCCCAGCACUCGGGAAGCAGAGGCUGACAGAUCUCUUAUGUUCAAGACCAGCCUGGUCUACAGAGUGAUUUCCAGGACAUCCAGGGCUACACAAAGAAACCCUGUCUCUGAGGGAAAAUCCAGUCUUUAUCUGUUCUUGCUGUCUCCAAUUGGUUUUGACAAACAAGUCAACCUGGCAGAUGGUUGUAGCACGAAUAAUAAAAACUCAGAGACAGAUAUUGGGGUUCAAGCUGAUGAACAGUAAAGCAAGGCAGCCAACCACUAGAGGGUUCUUACCGCUACCAAGGCUGGGACAAUCCUAUCCUCAGCAUGACUGCAAAGUGAAUGCCUCAUGAGACCCUGAGACCCUGUCUUGCAUACAUUAAAGGCAUGUGCCACCACUGCCCAGCCUCUGUGGCUAACUAGUGUGGCUGCUGGGAUUAAAGGUGUGUGCCACCACUGCGUGGCUUAUAUGUCUGUGGCUAGCUCUGCAUUCUGAUCUUCAUAACAAUAUAUCACCAUAGAUAGAUGGUGGUUGCAUUUGGAUUUCAUCUUAAAUUGAAUUAUCAAUUAAAAAGAUAGAGGUUUCCUUUUAUUUCGUGUCAUCAAUAUGAUUACCCUUCCUGGUAAUUGUUGUACAUGCAUGAAUAUUGAUAGCGUGACUUUUAAGUAUUCAUCAAAGGUUAAUGUGGCUAAAAAUUUGCUUCCCAGGGAGGUAUUAUUGGAAGGUAAUGGAAACUAAGAAGUGGGGUCUGAUGGGAAAUUUUAGAUCAUUGAGGGUGCACUUCAAAGAGGAUUGUGGGACCCCAACUCUCUUUUUUCUCUUGCUUUCUGGUCCUGAGGUGAGCAGUUUAGUCCUGUCAUGUGUGCAUUUGCCAUUGCUAUCUGGCAAACCCACCAGAGGCCUGGAAGCAAUGAGUUUGUGUGAUGAUGGGCUACAACCUCUAAAACUGAGCCAAAAUAAACCUUUUAUCUCAGCUAUUACAGUGAUGAAAAGCUAACACAAAUAUAUUUGUGUGCACAUAGAAAAUAUUUCUAAGAUUUAUGAGUGUUUUGCCUGCUUAUAUAUCUGUGUACCAUAUGUGUGCUCGGUGCCUACAAAGCUCAGGAGAGAGUGUUGGCUCCUGAAACUGGUAUUAUUGGCCGUUCUGAAGUGCCAUGAAGGUGGUGAGAAUUAAACUUAGGUCCUCUGUAGGAGCAGCACAUGCUCUUACCUGCUGGAACAUCUAGUGCCCAGUGUUGCUUGUUUUUAAUUGGUGUAUUCAUUGUACAUAGUAAUCGCUUUCAUGAUGGGAUUAAAGGUGUGCUCCACCAUGCUUCAUAAAGACAUUUUAUUAUAGGUUUGUAUAUCAUGUACUCAUCUCCAGUGUUUUUAAUGUCAUUUCUGUGUUUUACCAUGUUGUGAACACAACUAGUACAACAUAAGCUGAUAAUAUAGUUUACUGUGAAAACUCAUUUUGGGAAGAAUGGAUACUAGAAAUUUAUAUUGUCCAUUGCUGUACUUGGAAAAUCAAUUUGAUUCCAAAUAAGUAUAGAUGUUCAUUACGAUAAAAUAUAAAGUUAAAAGCUCACAUAACCUAA